AAGAAGAAGAACCUGUCCACAAAUAUGACGUCAUCACCGAUCGACCUAAGUAAUCGCUGAAGAAGGAGAAAUGGCUGCAAGGUUACUGCUCCGUUCCGCCGUCAGAGCCGCGGCGGCUUGCCGCUCCGUCCGGACCCCCGCUCUGAGCCGCAGCAUGGCAGCAGGAGGGAUUCCCACUGAUGAAGAGCAGGCCACAGGGCUGGAGAAAGUCAUCAUGAAGGCCAUGAAGCAUGGCGAGGACCCCUUCAACAUGAUGAAGCCAAAGCACUAUGCAGGCUCCAAGGCCGACCCCCACCUGGUUCCCUCCAUCACGAACAAGAGGAUUGUGGGAUGCGUGUGUGAGGAGGACAACACAGCCGUGGUCUGGUUCUGGCUCCAUGAGGGUGAGGCCCAGCGCUGCCCGUCCUGCGGCGCCCACUACAAGCUGGUUCCCCAUGAGCUCCCCCACUGACCUGCCUCCUCUUCCUCCUGCAGAGGAAGCGGCGCUGUCUGCUUCCCACCUUCUUCUACUUGACA